UAACCCGUGUCAAAAAAAACGUUCUAACACUCCCGUGUCUGAUCGCCACCGCCGAUCUCUUUCCGACAGAGUUCAGUCAAAUUCGGACAUAGAUUCCACCGACUCAGAUCCGAAAGAUCUGAAACUAAAAUGGCAGAAUACUGAAUCAACAAGAAUCUUCAAGCUUUCCUUCAAUGGCGAUGAAUCCACUCAAAGGCAAGUUGUUUUUUUUCUUCUAUUUCCUUUUCGUUUUCGCUUCUCCUCCUGUGUCCACCGUCUUUGUAAUCUCUACUUCCUUAGAAAUCCAACCCGAACCUGAGAUUAAGAGUGCCCCCGAUUUCAAUCACCAAGAAGCUUUAUUGCAUAAACUGGAAGAUUUAGUGAGAAAUCUUAGUGAAAUAGUGGCAAACUUAGAAUCUAAAUUAUCGGAGUCUCCUAAGGCGGCUGUUCCUGUCGAUGAGAAGCAUAGUGUGAAAAGUUCGAGAUUUUCUCCUCUUGAGGAAGAUAAGAUUAGACGUGCAGUGGGGAGAGAUGGAGAGAAAGGAGGAGCUGUUUCGGUGUUGAAAUACAAUGCGUUCUGGUCGGAGAGGUUCCAGUUUGUUUCGGCGGUGAAAUUGGAUUCUGAUGCAACGUCGAUUAAUGUUUUGCCACUUCGCGAUUACGAAGGGGUUAGUAAGUAUUUCGCCGUUGGAGAUGACAGAGGUAGGGUUUAUGUGUUCUUGAGAAAUGGGGACGUUGUGGUGGAGUUUUUUACGCAGUGUCAGUUCCCAAUCACGGCAAUGGUUUCCUACUUGUCACUGUACCGGAACGAGAGUGUUUUGGUCACCGGACAUCAGAAUGGUGUGGUUUUGGUGCAUAGAAUUUAUGAGGGAUUGAAUGGGGAAGAUUCGAGCUCCCCUGUUAUGGAAACUAUCGGGAAAUUUUCGCCGUCUUCCGAAAGUGGGGAAGAUGGGAUGCCGGUAACUAUAUUGGAAGUGCAUCAUCUGGGGAGGGAGAGGCACAUUUUGUCUACAGAUCUUGCUGGGAAAAUCAGGGUUUUUACGGAAAAUGGUAAACUUUAUGGUUCUGCAAUGCCGACAAGUAGGCCACUGGUGUUCUUGAAGCAAAGGUUGUUGUUCUUGACAGAGACUGGUGCUGGAUCAUUGGACUUAAGGACUAUGAAGAUCAGGGAAUCAGAAUGUGAAGGAUUGAAUCGUUCUCUUGCUCAGAUUUAUGUUUUUGAUGCCACAGAGCGGUCUAAAGCCUAUGGUUUUACCUCAGAGGGUGAUCUGAUUCAUGUGUUGCUAUUGGGGGAUGUUAUGAACUUUAAAUGCAGGGUUAGGUCCAAGAAGAGGGUUGACUCAGACAAGGUGGUUGCUCUUCAGGCUAUUAAGGGAUAUCUGUUCCUUGUUGAUCAGGAGAAGGUUUUCGUCUACAACGUUUCUACUCAGCAUUAUGUUAGGAAUGCUGGACCUCGGUUUGUUUUCUCUGCUGGUGUAGAUGAGAUCAGAUCUUUGUUUUUGGUCAUGGACAUGAAUGAGAAAAUAGGAAAGGCAAAACCCUUAAUUACAAGUGACCGAGAAAAACUUGUCCUGCUUGGCCUUGGAGAUGGGUAUGUGGGUAUGUAUCGAUCCAACCUUCCAGUGAUUACGAAAGGGGAAUCCAACACAAUUCUUUGGACCAGCCCUGUGUUGUUUUUCCUGCUUUUCUUGUUCAUCGCAUGGCAAUUCUUUGCAAAGAAGAAGGAAACACUUACUUCCUGGGGAUUGGACGACCCUUUCGGCUCAACAUCAGCUACAGCUGGAGCUCAACUAGGAUCAAGCUCCGGAGACAGGUCUUUUGUAGACUCUUCUUCAAGGGGUGCUGGUGCUGACAUUAUGGACUUGAAAAGCAGUGGUCUCAGAUCUACAUCAAGGAGGUAUGGAUCCCCCCCUCGCUAUCCUGGUGGAGCAACUAGUUCCUUCAGAUCGAGCUCUUCUGAUCCCGGGUCUAGGCCUGCCUCUGUUGAUCCCAAUUAUCGACCAGGUUCAGAGCUAAAAUACCGGGGUCCGGCCCUUGAUUCAACAGCGUUUACCAAGAGGAGAGAGGCUCUAUUUGCAAACAAUCAAGGUGUGGAUGAUAGCAGUUGAUCGGUACAAUCAGGUGGUAAAACACUUCCACCGUGGCAAGGGAGUUCAGAUGAUGUUGUGAAAUCAUAUGAAUUCCAGAAUGUUGUACUUUUAAUUAGCCUGAGCAAAGAAAUAAGUGAACAGGUUUAAGCAUUAUUUUUCUUUAAAUAGAAAUAGAUCUUUUUACGUUCAUCUAUGUAACUGGGGAAAGCCUUCUAUCAGCAUCCUUCUAUAGAUUCAUUGCCUGUGUCUAAAUCUAACAUUUUCAUUUUUGGGACAACGUUUGGGAUUUAUUCAUGCUAAUACUGGAAUUUUAAUUAAUACAAAAAAAUUUCCUAU